CUUCAUCUCUUUCAUCCCAAACAGUUACAUUUUCUCUCCCCCCAAAUCUGCAAGUAAGAGAGAGGAAAUAUUUCUUCUUCUGUGCCCCAAAGGAUAACUGCCAAUUGAAGAAAAGUCAAAAGACAUGGACGGUUUUGAUAGGGGUUUCUCAUCAUCAAUGCAUAGUAAACCUUCUUCAAUUCUCAAAAUCUCAGAAUCCGAUGCAGUUGGGCUUAAUGAGAACAAUCCAAACCGUAGUUUUCAGAACCCAAAGAAAUCAACUACGAAGAACUUCAUGUCACCAACGAUUUCUGCAGCUUCCAAGGCUACUCUUCCAAGAAAGAAAAUCUUGGCAGAGAGGAAUGAAGCUUCCGGAUCAAUUUUAUCAGAUGCCCAUUUCUCAAAAACCCCACAAGACGCUAAAUCACCUGCUGAUGUGGGUAUCAAUGGCUCCGAUGGCCCUUUGUGUCGUACCACUCCGUUGUCAUAUCGGGCUUCUGAAUCCGAAGGCGAUGAUCAGAAUUCUGUGCCCGAUUCGUCCUCGAGGCCUUAUGACCCCUUAACGAAUUACCUCUCCCCGAGGCCAAAGUUUCUCAGGUACAAUCCCAACAGGCGAAGAGAAAUUUUCCUUCUCAAGGAAAAUGAAAUUGAAGACGGAAAUGAUCGAUUGAGUAUCGGCAGAAGUGUUUCUUUUGAAUCUCAGAAUGCCGGUGAUGAGGAUGGUGCUCGUGAUACUUCUUCUCAGGGAGGCUCUGUACAGCCAGAAGAUGAGGAAAUUGUUGAAGAUGAGGAAGACAUUGAGGAGGUAGAGGAGCAGAGAGGUUGGAGUUUGAAAGGGGUAUUGAAUACUCUGUUUGUAUUUGUUCUUUUGGUCCUCUCCACAUCAUAUAUAUCUUCAAUGAACUCUCCCUCUCCCACACCUUCCCCUGCCAUGGAAGCUAUAGAGGGUAUCAAAGAUGGGUACUUGAAAAUUCAGAGCCAUAUAUUUGGAGCUGCCUCUGUGAAAGGUCUUGAAGAUGGACUCUCACAAGCUAUAGAGGGUGUUCAAAAUGGGUAUUUGAAGUUUCAGAGCCAUAUGUUUGGAGCUACCUCUGUGAAGAAUUCUGAAAGCGGAAGUGAAUUCAUGGAGCAACAAGAAGAUAGGAAAAUGGGUUUGAUUGAAGCAAAUCAGGGAGCUGUUGAUGGAGAGGUGGCUGGAGAUGAAAAUGGGGGAGUAGCAGAAGAAACUGAUGAACUGGGUCAAGUGGUAGAGUUGCAGCAAGGGGAAGAAAAUGAAGAUCUUUGUGGCCAGGAAAUGGGGAAAACACUGGACAUUUCUGAUCGGAUGGCUGAAAAUUUGGAGUUUCAAGAGAAAACUGCAGAGAAGUUGGAAGCUUUUCAAGAUGAUCCGAUACAGACUCCUGAACCAGUUGUUCCAGGUAUUGCAGAAAAAGAUGUGAUGAAUACUGAUUCCAUUUUCAAAGAGGAACAAGUAGAAGAUGAUUCAGAUGUGGGGGGAGCUGGUAAUGAAGAAAUGGUUGCAGAUGAAAUUGAGGGAGUAGAAGACCUUACUAACAAGGAAAAUACAAACGUUGGGGUUGCCAAUCUUGAACCAGAGGUGAAUUUGAAGGAGGGGGUUACUGAACCUGUGGAAACUGAUUCAAUUCCCAAAGUUGUCAUUUGGGCUUCUAUAUUUGCCAUCAUUGUGGCACCUUUGGUGUUGGGAUUUCGUCUCAAGCGGGAAAAAACUCUGCAAAAGGAUUCACCCAUGACAGUGAAUCAGUGUUCUGAGUCUCUGGUAGCAGAGAAAAGCUCAGUAGUAGUGGUACCACCCAAUGAGGGUGAGGACCACAUUGAGAAAGUUGAGUCCUAUGCAGACCCUUCAGUGGAGGAAGCUUCCCAAGAGUUCUCUCAAAGCCGAGCGCCAACAGUGGAGCUACUUGGAGAAUAUGUGGUUGGGGAGGUCUGUAGUACUCCUAAGAUAUACAGCAUGAAAAGUAGGAUGAUGAUGGAAGGUGAAGAAAGCAACCAUUAUUCAGUUUCUCAAGAGAAAGGGGGGACUCAUUCGAUUCCUAUUCGCACACAAGCGACUCUCUCAGCUCUUUCCACCAUGGAUUCCCCUUCAUAUGGUAGCUUCACUGCUGAGAAAUCAAUCAGGAAAAAAGAGGACGGCAGAGAUGGAGAAGUGAAGAAGGUAGUGACAACCCCAGUGAGGCGAUCGAGCCGAAUCCGCACCCGUGCAAUCAUGUCUCCAUGAGCCACAUCUUAUCAUCUUCAAAAUUAUUAGCCUGCGCUGUGUACUGUACCAUUUGGAAACAGCAUCCUCUGUUGUUUCAUUUUUCAACCCCCCCCUAGGAAAAUUAUGGGAGAGUGUAGGCUCCUUGACAAUUCUUAGUUGUAGAACUAAUCUAAUGGGUUGUUGUAUUGUAGGAACUGAAUUUUUUUAUUUCAAUUGAAGCAAAUUCUGAUUAGGUUUGUGCCCCCACCA